AUGGCCUUGAACGCGCAGCUGCAGCUGGAGCUGCCGCACGUAAACGUUUUGUCCAAAGUGGAUUUGCUGCGGCUGCACAGAAAGGACCUGAGGGCAUUCACUGCUGCAGGCGUAGCAAGAAUAGCAGCAGCAGCAGCAGCAGCAGCUACUGGGGGGCAAGGCAGCAACUUGUCUCUUUACGUUUUUGAUGCAGAAUUUCGUCUAGAGUUUUAUGCGGAUGCUUACGAGCUGCAGCCGCUGCUGGAAGCUGUGCAAGAAGACCCACACCCUUUAGGCCGCAAACUUAUGGACUUCUCUCGUGCCGUGUGCGAGUUGGUCGAGGAUUUCAAUUUGGUUUCUUUUUAUCCGGUUUGCGUCACUGACAAGGAGUGCAUGCUGCUGGUGCUGCGGGUGGCAGACGCAGCCAACGGCUUUGCCCUGGGAAACUACGCAGAAAAUGAAAGGGGGUACCCUUUGCAGCUUGACACUGAAGAAGAACGGCAAAUGCUGAUCGAGAGACUUCAGGAGCGCUAUGUGGACUUUGACCCUGCAGAAGGGGAAGGUGAUGCAGAGGCGUCCAGCGAAGUAGAUUGA